CAGGGCGGAGAGGGGGCUGGCGACCCGGCCCGCAGAGCCGGCGCCAGCGGGCUGCUGAGGUGGCCGUCGCCGGCUCGGAAUUGCAGCUGCCCCGGGCCGAGCCCCCGAUGGAGGCCGAGGCCGCGGACGGCCCCGCGGGCGGGGUCGAAGCAGCGCUCAGCUGCUUCUCUUUCAACCAGGACUGCACAUCCCUAGCAAUUGGAACCAAAGCCGGUUAUAAGCUGUUUUCGUUGAGUUCUGUGGAGCAACUGGACCAAGUCCAUGGCAGCAAUGAAAUCCCGGAUGUCUACAUCGUGGAGCGCCUCUUCUCCAGCAGCCUGGUGGUGGUGGUCAGUCACACAAAGCCGCGGCAAAUGAACGUCUACCACUUUAAGAAAGGCACGGAGAUCUGCAAUUACAGCUACUCCAGCAACAUCUUGUCCAUAAGGCUGAACCGACAGAGGCUGCUGGUGUGCCUGGAGGAAUCCAUUUACAUCCACAACAUCAAAGACAUGAAGCUGCUGAAGACCAUCUUGGAUGUUCCUGCAAACCCAACAGGUCUGUGUGCCCUCUCUAUCAACCAUUCCAACUCUUACGUGGCUUAUCCUGGAAGCCUGACCACAGGCGAGAUUGUGCUUUAUGACGGACACUCCCUGAAAACAGUCUGCACGAUUGCGGCCCACGAGGGGACGCUGGCCGCCAUCACCUUCAACGCCUCGGGCUCCAAGCUGGCGAGCGCUUCUGAGAAAGGCACGGUCAUCCGGGUGUUCUCCGUACCUGAGGGGCAAAAGCUCUACGAGUUUCGGAGAGGAAUGAAAAGGUAUGUGACCAUCAGCUCCCUGGCCUUCAGUAUGGACUCACAGUUCCUUUGCGCCUCCAGCAACACCGAGACCGUGCACAUCUUCAAGCUGGAGCACCUGACCAGCAGCCGACCCGAGGAGCCUUCCACCUGGAGCGGCUACAUGGGAAAGAUGUUCAUGGCAGCUUCCACCUACCUCCCCGCCCAGGUGUCGGACAUGAUGAACCAGGACAGGGCCUUCGCCACCGGGCGUCUGACUUUCUCCGGACAGAAGAACAUCUGCACCCUCUCCACGAUCCAGAAACUGCCGAGGCUGUUGGUCGCAUCCUCCGACGGACACCUUUACAUCUACAACCUGGACCCUCAGGACGGAGGAGAGUGUGUCUUGAUCAAGACUCACAGGUUGCUUGGCUCAGGAACCACAGAAGAGAACAAAGAAAAUGACCUCAGACCUUCAUUACCUCAGUCCUAUGCAGCAACAGUAGCCAGACCAAGCGCAUCUUCCGCCUCCACGGUGCCAGAUAAUAUUGUGCCGUGGAAGUCAGAAGGGCAAAGCGAAGCAGUCAUGAUGAGAAGCGCGCCUCAGAAAUCAGGACACCCCCCAUCAGGUGGUUUUGGAGAAAACCAGGAAGGUGGAAGAAUGGCGUGCGAUGGUGGGCGCAGAGUGGGGGCAGGAAUCCCAGGUGCCCCCUGCUUAAGCCACAGGACAUGGCUCCCUGCUCACCAAGCCCCCCAGUCCCGGCUGCCAGUGGGUACGGGAGACACCGUGUACGCAUCCUGCUAUUGGAACUAUAUUACAGCCAUAAUGUCAAUGCUAACUAACCAUAUUGGUCUAUAGCCGGAAUUUUGUAUUAAAAGCGGCAUCCUUUUUCAAUGUAUGCUGUGUAAAAAUGUAUCUAUAGGAAAAUGUCUUCGAAUUGUACUUCUUGUAUGUUACGUACAUAGAGACUAUUUUAACCAGGCGAAGUACUUUUUUUUUGGCAGUGAUUGGAAUAAAUCACAUACUACCUUUGAGUCCCAUUUAGGACACUAAUAAUAAAAUCAUGGCAAUGCA